AUGAGACUCUUUGUCACUAAGCGUGCCUACGUGUUUGCUCCAGAAACUGGACCUAACCUCACCAUCAAUCGAGAGACCAGUGAAAUUAGUUUGAUGGAUGCUAUUCCUCCUGUGUCUGAGCAGGACCGAACCUUAGCUGUAGCAGGUAUCAUGGGUCUGGUUACACUCCAAGCAGGAGAUUAUCUUAUUGUCAUUACUGGUCGUGAGUCCAUUGGAAAUAUCCGUGGCCACGAAGUGUUCCGUAUCACAGCUUUCCAAAUCUUGCCUCUUCCGGAAUCCUUGACUGGCUUGUCAGAGGCACAGGCAAAGGAUGAACAGACAUAUGUUGAUCUUUUGGAAGCACAUUUGAGAGGAACCACAUUCUACUACUCUAAUACGUAUGACCUGACCCACACUCUCCAGAGGCAGGCUCAAUUUACCACCGAAACUCUUUCAGAGCCCUUAUGGAAGAGAGCAGACGAACGUUUCUUCUGGAAUAAAGACCCUGUAAACCGCUUAAUUGAGGCCACCCUUUCGGGAAAUCCUGCAAAAAACUUCAGCGAUUUUAUCCUCCCUGUUCUCCAAGGAUUUGUCGAACUCCAGGCCACUGAGAUCAACAACAAGCCUUUUGUAUUGGCGUUGAUCACUCGUCGCAGCAGACACAGAGCAGGCACGCGCUUUUUCUCGCGUGGUGUUGAUCAACAUGGGUACGUGUCUAACUUUGUAGAAACUGAGCAAUUGGUACUUUAUGAUGGUCCUGGUGCGGUUUCUUCUUCACCUGGCUUGAAGCAACUUUCUUAUGUCCAAACAAGAGGUUCCAUUCCUGUAUACUGGACACAGGUCAUUAACCUGAAAUAUACACCCCGUCUUUGGGUGGGAGAAAACCGAAAGAGUCUUUCUGCCGCAAGAUCACAUUUUGAUGAGCAGAUCCGUAUCUACGGUCCCCAAAUCCUAGUCAAUUUGAUUAACAAAAAAGGAUAUGAGCUUCCUAUGGGACAGGCAUAUGCUCGUACUGUAGAGCAACUGAAUGAUCCUCGCCUUUACUACACUCAUUUUGAUUUCCACAGCGAGUGCAAGAAUAUGCGAUGGGAUCGUAUAAACAUCUUGGUAGACCAAUUGAAGGACCAGUUUGACCAGCAAGGCUAUAUGUACUAUGAUGCUUCUAACAAAGAUUCGCUCAUAAUUCGCAAAAAGCAAAACUCUGUCAUUCGUUCCAACUGUAUGGAUUGCUUAGACCGUACCAAUGUCGCCCAAAGCACCUUUGCAAAGGCAGUCCUUAAUGCUCAAUUGCGAGAAAUUGAUAUUCUUGGUGCAAAUGAAAGUGUGGAUGAUCAUCCUAACUUUAUUCUUAUCUUCCGACAUGUGUGGGCCGAUAAUGCUGAUGCUGUAAGCUCAGUAUACUCUGGAACUGGUGCUCUCAAGACUGAUUUCACUAGAACCGGCAAGCGUACCGUGCCUGGAGCACUUAAAGAUCUCUCCAACUCUAUCACUCGUUAUUGCAAAAACAACUUUAUGGACGGAAAGAGAAUGGAUGCAUUCGAUCUCUUCCUUGGUCACUAUCACAUCAAACCUCUGGUAGCUACCGGAAAAUAUAAGAGCCCGUUUGUAUCCGAGAAACCUUUGAGAAUCCGUGUGGUUCCUUACAUUCUGGUGUUUUCCAUGUUCAUGCUUUUGUUGAACAUAUUCCGCCCUGAUUAUUCUGGCUUUGAGUUCCGCAGGGCUUAUUUCCUCUGGCUUAGCUUCUGGUUCUCUGUAGUCGUUACGGCCAGUCGCUUCUCACUCCGUCACGGUGAUCAAUUUGUAGAAUGGCCUCAUCUGGUAGAGUUGCCUCCUUAUGAAGAUGAUGCCGAAGAAGGCGUCGUUGAAAACAAAGGCAACAUGGUGCCUCCAGAAUUCGGUCUAGAAACACCUAUUUUGUAA